AUGAUCUCUAUAAGUAGCAUCUGAUUGUAUUCAAGUUUGACAACAAUAAACUAUUGGUUGAUCAAGGAUGAAAAUCAAGCAUUUUUUCUUCAUGUUCUUGCUUUGUUUACUACUUAUUAUAUCUAUUAGGGCAAUUCAGACAUCCAAAGAUGGGAAUCAAUUUGGUGUAAUGAAAGAAUCCAAAACAAAAAUAGGAAUUGAUGGUUGGCGAGACUGGGGAGGCUCAUUUCCGGACGUUGAGAAAGAGAAUAAUGGUGGAGGUGACAAAGAAAGUGGACAAGGUAAAAGUGCAAAAGAAAAAGGUGAAGCCCAUGAAAGUGUAACAGUAGGUUGGAGAGACUGGGGAGGUGCAUUUCUGCACGUUGAGAAAGAGAAUGUUGGUAGAAUAAACAAUGAAGGUGAACAUGGAAAAUUUGCAAAAGAAAAUGGUGAAGACACCAAAAAUGAAAGUCUCAACCACUUAAUUAAAUAGAGAGAAUGGUAGAUGUUUAUGUUUGGGGAAAAGGACAUGUAAGGAAGGUGGCUUUAACAAUGAAAAUGGAGAGGAUGAGAGACAUCGAUGGAAAUAAGACUCUACAUGUGUGUAUUGUAUCCCAUAUAAUAUGUAAAAUAAAAUGACCACUCUAUCUUAUUUCAUGCCAAUUACAUAAUAAUAAGAACAUCUAUCUAUAAAUAAGUAGUUUCUUUAUUGAUAUCUUUA